AUGGCCUCCUCUGUCCAUUUCAAGUUCAAGUCUCAGAAAGAACCCUCGAGGGUGACGUUUGACGGAACUGGUAUAUCAGUCUUCGAGCUGAAAAGGGAAAUUAUCACGCAAAACCGGUUGGGAGACGGUUCUGAAUUCGAGCUUUCUAUUUAUAAUGAGGAUACGAAUGAAGAAUAUGACGAUGAUACGGCUAUAAUCCCUCGCUCGACCUCUGUUAUUGCUCGUCGGUUCCCUGCAACACGACCUGGAAAGGGGGGUGCUGCUAGAUAUAUGUCAGGCAAAAUGCCUGUAACAUCACGAAGUGUCCAACACGACGCGGAACCUUCUACACGUCAGGAUUCCGGUGAUGCCACCGUGGAAAUUAGUAGUAUACAGUCUGAAGACGAGAAACUCAAGGCCUUGUUUCGGCUGCAAGAGACGCAGUGGAAGGAGCAACAGAAUGACAUGACAAAUAUGACACCCGUAAUGGGUCGAGGUCGAGGAAAGCCUGUCAGCGUUCCAGACCACCCCCCUCCACCGGGGUACCUCUGCUAUCGCUGCGGCGAAAAGGGGCACUGGAUUCAAGCCUGUCCAACUAAUAAUGAUCCACGAUUCGAUGGUCGAUAUCGGGUGAAACGGUCGACAGGAAUCCCCCGCUCGUUCCAGAAACAAGUAGAAAAGCCGGAUUCGCCUGCUUUGGAUGGUUCAGAUGAUAACUCAAAACUUACAGGGGUUAUGGUUAAUGCUGAUGGGGAUUUUGUUAUUGCUCAACCAGAUAAAGCUUCAUGGGAGUUAUAUCAAGAAAAGGCAACUGCCUCCAAAGCAGCAGAGGCUGAAGCAGCCAAUGCUGAGCGAAACAAACAAUUGCAGAACCGGGCCCUUUUCUGCCCACUUGACAAAAGAAUGUUGUUAGCGCCUACAAAGACACCGUGCUGCAAAAAGACCUAUUGUAGUGAUUGUAUCACUAAUGCCCUAAUUGAGAGCGAUUUUGUCUGUCCAAAUUGUUCUGCCGAGGGUGUUUUGCUUGACAAUCUCUCAGUUGACGAGGAUGCUAUUAAAAGGUUGACGGAAUUUGAAUCCGAGAAGGCACAGCAAGCGGAGGGAGCUGAAGUCAGUGCUUCUGAAAAGAUAGAUUCAGAGCCGGCUCGUAACAAGGAGCAGACGCCGCAGGACUCAGCCGCCUCAAAGAAACGACCAGCAACGGAAAACGGGACCACCCCAGAUAAUGAUCAGCUCCAGGCUCCUGCCAUGAAGAAGCAAAAAUCGCGAGAUAGCACCGGUGAUACGCAAAGCAACGCUCAGCAAACCACCCCCCAAGGCAACUCUCAAAAUAACGCUCAGAAUACCACCCAAAACAAUGCUCAAAACAACGUCCAAAACAACGCCCAAAAUAACGCCCAGAAUAAUGCUCAAAGCAACCCUCAAAGUAAUUCGCAGCAGAGUAACCCCCAGCAGCAGGCUCCUUUGAAUCCGUUUCCGCAGAUGCCCCCACAACCCAUGAUGGGCCCGUAUGCGCAGAUGAACCCAUUCGCCGGACAAGAUAUGAUGUCAAUGCCUGGGUUUUACAAUGGCGGUAAUAACUGGAGCCAGGCCACACCAGAUGCAUAUAUGAUGGCUGGAGCCGGUGGUCCCUUUAUGGGCGGCCCGAACCAGCAGAUGGCCCAGGUUAGAUAUGGGAUGCCCAACCCUGGAAUGAACUUCAACAAUUUUAACCCCCAGAUGAUGAAUCCGAUGUCUCAACCCUUUCAACAACCAUAUGGAAUGACCCCCUUUUCAAACCAACAGCGGAGUCACGCCAGCGAGCCGCUUGCGAACGAAGAAGACUCCCCAUAUUUCAGACAGCCGGUUAACCCGCACCGUCACCAUGGAAGGCAGAAGAGAACCCGCCCCAGUGACUACCGGGAGCUGUAG